AUGAGUAAGGAGGACCCUGCAACUACUCAGAAUGGCAGACUCGCUCACGAGCGCAGCGAGUUUGACCAGGGAACGGGUACCGAUACCCGCGACUUUUCGGUCUUCACAGUAAGCCAGAAAAGAGCAAUUGUCGCCACUGGCUCUUUGGCGGCUUUCUUUUCACCUUUGUCAUCGAGCAUUUACUUUCCCGCACUUGAUACUAUUGCACAUGCCCUGGGUGUUUCGAUAUCGAAAGUGAAUCUCACAGUCACAACAUAUUUAAUUUUACAGGGCAUUGCGCCAAUGCUGAUUGCAGGCUUCUCCGAUACUGCAGGCAGGCGUCCAGCAUACAUGAUCUGCUUUACGAUCUACCUUGCUGCGAAUCUCGGCCUUGGUCUUCAAAACAGCUAUGCCGCCCUUCUGGUCUUGCGGUGUCUCCAAAGUGCUGGAAGCAGUGGAACAGUGGCACUCGCAAAUGGGUUAGUAGGCGAUAUGAUCACGUCUUCCGAGCGAGGGUCUUAUAUUGCAUUCGCUUCUCUUGGCAGUAUGCUAGGUCCUUCCCUAUCGCCUGUGAUUGGUGGAUUGAUCAGUCAGUUUCUAGACUGGCACUGGAUCUUCUGGUUCCUACUUAUCUUUUCGGGCAUUUUCUUUCUGCUCAUUAUGCUUUUUCUCCCUGAGACCUGCCGAAAAGUUGUGGGAGAUGGAUCAAUCCCGCCGCCAUCGACACAUACUUCAAUCUCCGAUAUAAUUCGUCAUCGCAAGCGCGAGAAAAAGGGCGAGACUGUAUCUCCGGAGGAAAUCGCCGAGACCCGAAAAAAUUUUGCUUUCUGCUUCCCCUCUCCAAUUCCAACUCUGAAAGUCGCGACCGAUUUAGAGACGGGGGCAAUUCUCCUUACGACAGGGUUGAUGUACGCCGGGUUUUAUGCUGUCAUGACCGGAGCUACUACAACCUUUCACGAGGUCUAUCACUUCAACAACAUUCAGACUGCACUCAUGUACCUCCCACUGGGUGCAGGUGGAGUUGUUUCCGCCUUCGUAACCGGCCGAAUCGUCGACUGGAACUAUCGCCGGCACGCUAAGCGUGCCGGGAUGCCGGUCGUAAAGAAGAGGCGACAAGACCUUAGCAACUUCAACAUCGAAAAAGCCAGGCUUGAGAUUGCUAUACCCAUGUAUUACUUGAGCGCGGUAGUCAUGGUCUCCCUUGGCUGGGUUAUGGGCCGGAAAGUCAAUUUGGCGGCCCCAAUUAUCCUCUUGUUCAUCAGCGGAUGGUCACUGAAUGCCACAUCCCAGGUCUUGAAUGCGUUGAUGGUUGAUAUCUGGCCAGGACAGUCAGCUGCGGCAACUGCGGCUAAUAAUUUGAUGCGCUGCGAGCUAGGAGCGGCCGCAUCCGCUGCCAUUAAUCCUAUGCGACUUGCUAUGGGCUGGGGCUGGGCAUACACAACGUUGGCAUUGAUCUCGGUCGCCUCGUCGCCGAUUCUGUGGCUUAUGACAAGAUAUGGAAUUAAAUGGCGACAGAGAAGAAUGCAGAAGCUGAAGUCGGGCCAAUGGCAUUGA